AUGCCGACAGUAAUCGCAUUGGACGUCUCUCUAUCUAUGAGGCGUCCGGUGGUGGGAUCUGUAGGGGCUAAUGACAGCAGCUUACAAGGUGAGCAAUUGACCAGACAUCAUCUGGCAGUUCAAGGAAUCAAUGCACUUAUUGAUUACCUGCAAGUUAAUUCCAAGCUCGAGUUUGUUGCUUUGGUGGUUUUCUCCUCGCUUUAUGAGGUCAUUUCACCCUUUACGCGGGAUUAUGACAGCAUCCGAUCAAAGCUAGUAAACAUUGAGGAAUGCGACAAGACCUGCAUAGAGACCGCACUUCAUGGGGUCAACAAUGUUGUUAUGGCAGAGUGGGGAAACACAACGGCUUGUCAGGUUGUUCUCGUCACUGAUGGAAAUCCUGGAGUCGGACCCAUGUCCCUUGGUGACUCCCUCAACUCCCUGAACCUCAAAAGAGAUUCAAAUCUUUUCCCACUACCCUUUCCCUAUCCUGGAAAACUAACAGUUGUUUGCAUCGCCUCGCAGCAAGAUCCAGGACUCGCCAUCGGACUUCCAUUGUAUCAGCGUCUGGUGGAAUUAGCUGGAGGUGAAAGCAUCGUUCUAGUUCCAGAUGGACCCUUAACAAAAAACUCUGUUACAAACUGUUUCCAAAAAAUGGCAGAAGCAAACUAUAUCUCAUUCCAGGGAUAUUUGAAAUGCGGACACUUAGGCUCUCGUAUCCUACUAUCUCCUCCACCUCUGCCAUAUAUUAAAAAGACUGACUUCGAGCUUUUGACUGGUUUAACGAUCUCAAAGACACUUGAGAUCUGUGGGUUUAUAUCUGUCGCAGACGUAGGCAGCCCAAACGCAAUCUCUAGGCAUUUGGUGUUGCCUCUUGCGACGGAUAAGACGAUCAGCAUGCAGGGUAUCAAUUUGGAGGAGGAAUCUGAUGGAGAAGACAACGGGGAUGAGGGGAAGACGCCCUCCUUUUGCGUUCUGCUUCAUGGCGCCCUCAAAGUCGAGAAUAUGGCAGCUCUCUGUCUGUUAAAUAACGACUGGUAUGGAUUCAUUUACUCAUGGGCAGAUACGAAGAAGAAGUCGAACUUGAUGCUUACGGUUUUGGAACCGGGUUCGGACGUGAUACCAUGGCUUGGGAAUUUGAAUAAUUUGGGACCGAUAGAUGCUAGCCAAUUCAAGGAUGGAGAGACCGGAUUUCCUGUCAAACCUCCUGAGAAACGUAGCUAUUCUCAAAAUGCGCCAUCAUGGAUCAGGCAGGUUGGACUUCAAUCUGACAUUCAAAAGAUCCUCAGACAUGCACGGAAGUUACCGGAAAAGACACAGAACUUUUAUAAGGAACUCAACAGGUUGCGCAGAGCUGCAUUAUCGAUGGGUUUUGUAGAGCUUUUGGAUGGAUUAGCUUCAAUAUUCGAAAGAGAGUGUGCCUUACUGCCCCCAAACUUGAAUCCGGAUUGUACAAUUCAAAUGGGACAUGUUGCAGAGAUGCUAAAAAAGCCCUAUUCACGAGAACUCAAAAAUAACAUUACACCGGUCAGAACGAAAUUCCAUCAUACUGAUUAAUUAGACAAAGACAACACAAUGACAAAGUAAGUCAAGGGCCAGAUACGAAACAUGUAUAAAGAAAAUAUAAUCAUUUUUAAUGGA